UCAACAGUAAAAAGUUCAAAAUGUGGGUUGAAGGAGUGGGGUUUGAAUUCCCUUGUGCACACAAAUUUGUUGAUGCUAUCUUCUUGAAACUAGUGGUUUCUCCACACCAUCUUUUUGCUCUGCUCCAUCUCCGGCAGCUUCUUGAACCGGGGGACAAGACACGUUGGACUCUAGCGAGGGAAGUCCAGAUCUUCGGUUGAGAGUCAUAUGGGCUAUAUACAAUCGCACAGGCAUCAAUCCCGCAUAGGGUGAACAAGGCUGGUUGCUGUUGCAAUGCAGAAGUUUGUUGUGGAGGUGGCAAGUGGUGCACUUUAGUAUGAUACUAAAACUCUUUCUCUAUAGUUUUUCCUUUGCUUCCCCUGUUACAUUUUUGGGGCUUACUGCAUAUGGUAUAUUUUGCUUGGCCUGAUAAGGCUGACAGUGUUUGCAAAAUUGAUAGUAUCUCAAGAUAUUUGAUGCUAGAAGUAAUAAAUAAACUAAUUUCUCAUGCUUAAGCUCCAAGUCUCUAAUAUGAAUUAUGGAAUGAAUGUGAGAUGCAUAG